AUGCUCCCACGGUGGACGAUUUUGCUGUCGAUCACACAACUUAUUUCAUGUAUGGAACAUUAUUUAUUACCUGAAUUGCCUCCGGGGGAGGCACCGGAACCUAUUUUGACCUUUAUGGAAAAGACAUACCAGAGCAAGCGUUGGAGAGCAGGAUAUGAUGCAGGAGAACCCUUACUCCUUACACCGUACAUUGAAGAGAAAAGAUUGGAGGAGGCGAGGAAGGCCGCGUUAGUUGACCCAGGUUACACUCUGCCCGACAUGGAAAGUUACGCGGGAUAUUUAACUGUAAAUAAGGAGUAUAACUCGAACCUUUGGUUCUGGUACUUCCCAGUAGCUGACAAGCCAGUCGAAGAGACACCUUGGAUAAUCUGGCUGCAAGGAGGACCAGGCGCAUCUUCGCUGUUUGGUCUGUUUAGUGAAAUAGGACCUUUCUACGUCACCGAAAAUAACAACUUGGAAGAGAUGAAAUACUCAUGGGGCAAAAACCAUUCACUGCUGUUUAUCGACAAUCCUGUUGGUACGGGUUUCAGCUUCACGGAUGACGACCGUGGCUACGCUACGAACCAGACCACGAUCGGUGAAAACCUUUACACAGCACUACAACAGUUUCUGACAUUAUUCCCCGAGCUACGGAAAGCGCCUCUGACUUUGGCGGGAGAGUCUUACGCCGGGAAACACAUUCCCUCAUUAGCGAUACAAAUACAUUGGCAUCGUGAGGAGGAUGAACCAAUUAAUCUCCAGUGUCUAGCAAUCGGCAAUGGAUUCAUCGACCCGCUAACGUUACAACGAUACAGUUACUUCGCCCGGGAAGUGGGACUUCUCGAUGACAAAGUGGCGGAUGCGAUGAACCACCUCGAAACUGCCGUCAUGCAGUUCAUCAACAAUGGCGAGAUGCUUAAGGCUUACGCGUAUUUCAACUAUCUCCUUCAACUGUUCAUUUCGGAAUCGCGUCUUAGCAACUUAUACAACUAUUUACAAGAUGAUAUAAAACUUGAGGGGAGCUAUGUGGACUUCAUCCAGCGGGGCGAAGUUCGAAGAGCGCUGCACGUUGGUAACACCAACUUUUCGUCUAUUGGAGUGGUAUACAGGAAGCUGGUGCCAGAUUUUAUGGGCAGCGCAAAGCAUUGGCUCGAGGAACUAUUGGAAAAUUAUCGAGUUAUGAUUUACAACGGUCACUUGGAUAUCAUCGUAGCGUACCAUCCGUCAGUAAACACGUAUAAUGCGCUCUCGUUCACCGGAUCUUCUGACUUUAAAAUGACUAAGAGAUUGCCCUGGUACCACGACGGCAAAGUUGCCGGAUAUUACAAAAGGGCUGGUAAUUUAACUGAAGUUAUGAUCCGCGGUGCGGGCCAUAUGGUGCCAAGUGACAAGCCAGCAGAAGCACUUGGCCUUAUCUCGGCAUUCGUACGUGGCGUGGAACUCGAUAAAGACACAGCCGCACUCGUCGGCGAAAAAAACUAG